CUUCCUAAUUACGUAUCAAUCUGUUAAUGUCGUUAGAAAUAAUAUUAACGAUUUGAUUGCGUAGAACUAAUUCUAUUUGUCAACUUUGAAACAAAACAUAUAAAACUCAAUGGUGGGGGAAAUUAUCAAAGAAGAACAACACGCUUGGGAUUAUGUAUAACAUACAUUAGGAGAAUGAUAUCACCAAACACCAAUGUAAACCCUUCUAAAACCAGUUAAACAAGCAACUGAUGAAGUCUUGGUAUCAAUUAUAUUGGUACUGAGAAUCUUGAUAGUGAAGAAUUAGUAAGUUGUUCUACUUGUAACUAGCAAGUUGUUUCAACUUUCAAUAGAAGACUAGUUACAACUAGAAAAAUUAACUAAUUCUUCACUAUCAAGCUAUAUGAUCAUAUUUUAUGGUCUUACAUGUUUGUUGGUUAUUAAUAUGAUCAAAUAGUAAGUGUUUACGUCAUUACCUUCGAUCGUCCAACAUUAUAUAGGAACGAGCCUAUAAACCAAACUUAAAUUUACUACUGCACUAAGAAAGAAGACACAAUGUCCUCACCAACCCAACAAAACCAAUCUCCCCAAAAGGUGAACGAGGAAGUCUUGUUGGAGAAUCCCAAUGACAGAGUCCAUCUCGUCGAUAAACCCGAACCGUUGGAGCUAGCCUUGAGUUUCUUAGGGGGAGACGGAGAAAUCAUGGAAAACCCUGAGUUUCUAGGAGAUUUCAUGUGGGAGAAAUCUUCAAGUGCUUCAGGUAUGAACAACAAUGAAAUUGAUUGGAAAGAGUAUGCACCGAAGGCUGAAGAAUACAAAAGCGUUGUAGCCAAGGCCAUCGCCGAAGGAACAGGGCAUAUCAUCAAGGGAAUCUUCACUUGUAGCAAUUCUUACUCUAAGAAGAUUCGCAAGGGAGGAACGAUUGCUGAAGAGGUUGAGGAAAGAAGUGGUGACAUAUCAGAAAUUGGUGGAGGUGACAACAAUGAAACUAAGAAGGAGAAUAAACACAACAAAAAUCUUCAAAGAGCGGAGAAGUUGUGGAAGGUGAGCGAGGCUAUAGGAAUGGCGGUCAUAGAAGGUGAAGAUAUGGUGAGCGGUUGGAUGGUAGCUCCGGUGGUUAAAUCGAGGUUAGGAAAGGCAUUGUUAUCCACUGCUCCAGGAGAGCUUAUCUUGGCAUCACUUGAUUCUUUUCGUAAGUUACAUAGAAUAGCUCCACUAAUUGUCAGUCUAUACUCUUCUUCAUUUAUUUUGAAGUUUUUGGGAUCAAAAUUUUAAUAAAUAAAAGAGAGAAAAAGUUUGAUGUGAUCAAUAGAUAAUAUAAUUGGUGCUGCUGAAGCGGCAGAGAUACAAACUCAUUCUGCCACAUCCAUGGCUGUUACUCGACUUGUGAGUAAGAGGUAAAAAUUUCACUUUGUGAUCCUCAAUUUUGAGAUUGAAUAAUGUUUCUAUGUAAUACGUAACACACCGGUAUUUGAAUCAAAAUAAUGAUUAUAUCCGUAGAAAAUAAAAUCGAGUUGGUAGGAUCCCACAUU